GCCGUCCUCAUGUAUGUUCUUAGGUAGCACCCAUACGCAUGUUUUGCAACAUUUCAAUCAACUGCGACGAUCUGAACUCUCCUCUAAACCGUCAUCCUAAGGCCGCUUUAGCUUCCUCCUAGCAAUAUCUCUUACGCGUCGCAUCAAUCGAUCCUGUACUUGCAUCGCCCGAGAUCCUUUCUGACGUCAAAUUCUCGUAUCAGACGGUCGAAGUUUAAAACGGCCCAUCGAACAAGUAGUAUGAGCGGCGGCUCUCCCACCAGAUCACCAUUGUCCCCGCCACCUUUCGCUGUGGAAAUAAAAGUACCUACUAAACAAUCAAUCGAAGAACUCCCAGAAGCCACCUCUAGAUGGCACGCAUCCAGCAGGAGCAACUCAAGGGCAAGAACGCCUCGACGUCCAUCCGACAUAAACGAAUACAUAGCGAAUGACUCAGAAGGCUCUGAAUGGGAUGCCCCAACUACGAGCGGCAAACCAUCUCCCAGAACAUACAAGUCCUCAUCAAAUGCUCGCCUUGCCAAGUCUGACUUGCAAGCUUCAGUUACAAGGAUUGCAAAGUCGAGAGUAGGGCCCAGAACACCACAAAGGAGGGGCAGGUUAGAAAGGAUCAUAUUUACUGAUGACGACGAUUCCGUUCAAAACGAUGCCGCUGGUGCCUCCGGUAAUGCUGCACAGUAUGUCAAGAGGCAAGCAGCUUCCAGCGCUGAGGAAAAUCCUGUCAAAAUUGGUCCACCUCGUAAACGGCAGAAGCAAUUUAAAGCUCGUUCGCCAUCCAAAGCGACAACGCGUUCGACUAAGACUCUCCACUCUAUCUCAACAUCGAAGAAGUCAUCAUUUUACAUAUCUCAUAAACGACCUCGUUCUCGCUCAACUUCGGAGUCGUCCUUGUCAUCACGAGGUGAUGAUACUGGUGUUGAUAUCCCGCCCGUGACGUCUUCUAAAAGCUUGCAAACCUCUAUUGGGUCUUCUACCAAGAGGGCUUCUGAUAGCUCUGCCUCUAAUUUGCCUGCAGUUCUAUCCGAUACCGCAAGAGGAAAGCAACCCGAAGCGCACCAGACGGCGAGCACAGCACCCCCUAGCUCAGUAUCUCAACAUUUCAGCACAAGUAGCGACGCGGAGGAUAUUCCUCGUGAUGAUGGGCCUAGAGAACUUGACGCACCUACGUGGACGUAUCUGGAGAAGGCACCAGUGACUCCUCCUGAAGACGUAUCACCACAUGCAUCUUCAUCGAUGCAUACUUCACGACCCGCCAUUCUACCCGGAACGGUUAUACGAUGCGCAUGCAGAAGAAAAUUCCGAGUAGAUGCAGCGAAACGCACGUUCUGCGAACAUUGCUUAUACAAAACUCUCAUGCGCUCGGGGCAGGCCGGGCGAGCGAAAGCAUUGUUUCCUAACGGACCUCCCGGUGGGGAAGCCUCUGAUGUGGAUGAGCUGAGAGAUGAAAUGGACGAGCAGGAAGUAGAGGCUGCGACUGUUAUAAGGCAUACUUCUCCCCAGAGUCAUCAGACCAUAUCCCAUGGCUUUGAAGACCAUAUGUCGCUGGCUGAUGGCGCUGAAUGGGCAGAUGACGAUGUGAAUUUGAAGUAUCAAGUUGAAGAUCGCGACGUUGGCCCAAACUCCAAUGUACACAAGGUUUCACCAUCUUCUGGCCCAGUCGACAUUCGAGACAGUCCAUCGGUCUCAAAGAAACACACUCGUGCUGUGUCAGUUGAUAUUGACGCUACUGUAACAAACCAAACCACCAGGCGUCAAAGUCCUGUUCUUUCCAGAGUUGAAAUCAAGACGAGACGUUCCGCCAAGCCAACAUCUGCCAUCGAAUAUCAGCAUCUCAAUGAUCUCCUCUACAGUCUUGCAGGCAUCACGAAUGGCAUCCAUGCCGCAAAGACAUCCAAGCAGGCUGCAUCUCAGAUUCGCUUCAAAGGAUUCGCGCUUCGCGUCAUCGAUGUAAGAAAGUGGCCGUUGUUCCCACUCGUGAAUGAGAGACUCCUAAAUGAGAUCGCGUCCGAGGUAAAGGCAAAAGCGUUUCUUCCCUUCAUUUUGCCUCGCAAACAAUUUGACGCUCUCGAUGGUCAACGUCGUGGCGUCCUGUACCUUUGCCAGUGUCUGGAGAAUUCGCCUGGCCAGCAGUGUUGCGGAAAACUCCAGAUUACUUUGACUAGCAUUGAAGCUGAGCAUGGAAUGUCGGCAGUCAGCAUCCAUGUAGCACUCGAUCACUAGACCUUUCCCUAGUAAGUACUUCAUUUUUGAUCAGGGUAUCAACAUAUUGCGCCAUUUGUUUUCUUUUCCUUAAUGCUUUCGCUUGAAUCUCUAGCUCUUAACACAUCAUCUUCUGUUACCCUUGCUCUGUUUCAUCAUCUCGCCUUUGUGCCCUUGUACAUGAUCUUGCAACAAUAUCACAUACAGUAUGUCUUGCUAUAGGUCCAUCGCUUCGUUGGGUGCCCUCUCAGUUGGCGUACUCAAUGUCUGUUUUUUUGGGGGGGGAAUGUCUGGAAGGGAUCAUCCUGGCUCUGAAUCGCAUGAGGAAAUUGUGCUCUAUCAUCCGUUCAAGGUUCCGAAGCUGGCUUCAGUUCAUACAAACC